CAUUCGUGCUAGGUCAUGUGAUCGAUCUACAUCCUCCUUGCUGUAGUCAGUUUUUCUGACUGACGAACAUGGCGGAUUAUGAGGAGCGGCAGAGCCUGCUGGGAGAUGAGGACAAGGGCAGACAGGCUGCCGAGGCUGCCGGGGGACCGGGCAGACCGCUGCCGGCUAUCUGCGACCCCGGACACCUCCUGCACCGAAUUGUCGUCCUGGUAUUCAUGUGCUUCUUGGGAUUUGGAAGCUACUUCUGUUACGAUAACCCAGCUGCACUUCAAACUCAAGUCAUCCAGGAUCUGGACCUGAACACUGCCAAGUUCAUGCAGCUGUAUGCCUGGUACUCUUGGCCUAAUGUGGUUCUCUGCUUCUUUGGGGGAUUCCUGCUCGAUAGGGUAUUUGGCAUCAGACUGGGAACCAUCAUCUUUUCCCUAUUUGUCUGUGUUGGACAGGUAAUAUUUGCUACUGGAGCCUUGGUGAAUCGCUUCUGGCUCAUGGAAGUUGGACGUUUUGUAUUUGGUAUUGGAGGAGAGUCCCUGGCUGUGGCACAGAACACCUAUGCAGUGAACUGGUUCAAAGGAAAGGAGCUGAAUCUGGUUUUUGGCCUUCAGUUGAGCAUGGCUCGCAUAGGCAGCACAGUAAACAUGAACAUCAUGGGCUGGGUGUACAGCAAAGUCGCUGCCCUCGUUGGCACUCCUGGACACACCGCACUAGGCGCAUCACUCAUGAUAGCUGGUGUGACCUGCCUGUUUUCACUCACCUGUGCCUUGGUGUUGGGAUUCCUUGACAAAAGAGCAGAGAAGAUCCUCAACAAGGAACAAGGCAAAACAGGUGAGGUGAUCAAGUUGACUGACGUGAAAGACUUCCCCUUCACCCUGUGGCUCAUCUUCUUCAUUUGCGUUGGCUACUAUGUUGCCAUUUUUCCCUUUAUUGGACUAGGACAGGUGUUCUUCAUUGAAAAAUUCAACUUCUCACCAGCUGAAGCCAGAGCUGUCAACAGUAUUGUGUACAUCAUCUCAGCCCCUGCAUCUCCAGUUCUAGGCUUCAUGGUGGAUAGGACGGGCAAGAACGUGAUUUGGGUAAUGGUUGCAGUGAUCACAACACUUGCUGCUCACAUGAUGCUGGCCUUCACCUUCUGGAACCCAUGGAUCGCCAUGUCUCUGCUGGGUGUUUCCUAUUCCUUAUUGGCCUGUGCACUGUGGCCCAUGGUGGCCUUUGUGGUACCAGAGCAUCAGCUGGGGACAGCCUAUGGCUUCAUGCAGUCCAUCCAGAACCUGGGACUGGCUCUCAUUGCCAUGGCAGCAGGAGCUAUCCUAGACACCCGAGGAUACCUGUUUUUAGAAGUGUUUUUCUGCGUCUGCAUCUGCGUUGCACUGAUAGCAGUGGUGAUGCUGUACUUUGUGGAUUAUCUCAAAGGAGGAGAUUUGAACAUGUCAGCUGCAGACCGAGCCAAACUCCUAAAAGAAUCCACUUCAGACGCAGAAUGAUGAUGAUGAUGAUGAUGAUGAUGAUGAUGAUGAAAGGGAACACAUAGUCCUGGGCUUCAGAGACAGCAGGCUGCACUGUCCACCCCAGAGCUGUCAAUCAACUGCCACAGGGCGGGACUGCACUACUGACUCUGCCCACUCUUCCCAUCACAACUGACUGUCUGAACAAAACCAACCUUUUUAUUAAUAGCUUAUUAUGUCCCUACCAGGAGGACACUGACCAAUGACACAUCUCAGUUUGGCCUCAAUACUGAGUUCAUAUCAACCACUGACUUGUGCGUGCGUGGGUGUGUCAAACUUCCGUUGAAAGUCAAGAUGCAUUGAUAGUGUUUUUCAACCAUUUUAAAUGUUAAGCAAACACGAGACGCAUAUCCUGUGGAAAGGUGCCUAUAUUAGAUAGAUAGUUUGAUUUUAUGACAUGGUAAUGGAUCAUGCAAUAUAGGAUUUCUCUACAUUAUCGCAAUUGUUUUAAAUGUAUAUAAUGGAAACUUUAUGGAUGUUUUUAUGUUUUUGUUCCAAGUUGUUUUCAGAACAACUCUGUUAUUCGCCUUUUUUCAACUCAGCAGUUUGUUUAUGUACAUAGCAGUUGUCAGCGUUCACAAUAGUUGCCAACCAAAAUCCUCCUCAAUGGACUUUCAUACUAAAUUCAAAUCAUAUGCGUCAUUGACCUUUUAUGGUUUAUAAUGUCUAAAAGAGCAUAGCUCUCUAUUGUUUAAACCUUUGAUGUUUAAUUAUUUUAUAUCUAAAUUCCUUUACGUGCUCUUUACUGAUUUUGAAAGAUAAAGAUUCAUUUUCUUUUGCCUCAUCAAAUAAUGUAUUCCUAUAAUGAUCUGAAAGACAAGAAAAAGAAAGAGGCUCACUUUCAAGUGCAUAUACCCAUGUAAUAGCACUUUUACAAACAUUUUUUUUAUCACCUUUAAAUCAUGUUUUAAACUAUUUUGCUGCAUUUUCUUGCUCAGGUAACUAAGUGGUAUUAAGCAUUGCCCCAUAUUUCUACUUGCUUAAUCAAAAUAUUCACUCAUUCCAGUGAAGUGGGAAGAGAUUUAUCCCUGUGUUGUUAUCAGGGUCGGAAACUGGCGGAUAAACAAUCACUACCUCAGUUGUUGAAACAAGUCAUCAAAUAAUUAAGAGGAACGCCCACCAAAAAAAGUUGUAUUGUUUUACCUCACAUAGUUUGACUUCUCACUUUACUGCAGUGAUUUAGACGUGUUUUAUAGGGCAUUUCCUUGCACUGUAUGAUUACUAGUGAUGGUUAGACUAGAAUCAGAGUCUUAAUCUGCUUUUCAAUCUGGUGUUAAGUUACCUUAUAGAGCCCAACCCCUGCAAGAAGCUGGUUGCAUAGUUAAAAUGUUGUGAUUGCACAUUAUAAUGACCAGAAUGUCAUACUGUACAACCAGAAACAUGCCGCUCUCCUCACCUAUCACACAUUUGCACAAUGGUGGUUAACUGAGAGUAUUUGUGUGAAAGUAUCAACUGUUAUUGAGCUGUGUACAAGAAAUGACACAAGAUCCAUUGUCCAAUGAAAGACAGUGAGCUUGUAUGGAAAGCCACUAAAAUGUUUAUAUUUUUGUAGAACCAAAUCACAAUUGUUAAUAAUACAAUGGCAUGUAAUUAAACGCAACUAUUUGAAAGCAUUUGAA